CAUCAACAGCAGCAGUUUCAGCAACAGCCUAAUCGGUUUCAGCAACAACCUAAUCAGUUUCACCAACAGCAGCAACAGUUUCUUCAUCAACGGCAAUUAAAGCAGCAGAGCCAGCAGCAACAGAGAUUUAUAAGUCAUGAUGCUUUUGGGCAAAAUCGUGUGGCUUCUGACAUGGUUACACACGUUAAACACGAACCAGGAAUUGAGAACCCUAGCGAGUCUAUCCACUCCCAGACUCCUGAGCAAUUCCAGCUUUCUCAGUUUCAGAAUCAAUACCAGAACAAUGCAGAAGACCGUCAUGCCGGUUCUCAGAUUCUCCCCGUCACAAGUCAGAGUGAUAUGAGCACAUCAGUUCCUCAAAAUAGCCAACAGAUACAGCAAAUGUUGCAUCCGCAGAGUAUGGCUUCAGACUCUAUUAACGGUUUUAGCAACCUCUCUGUUG